AUGGGUUUCCCUUUACGCUUCUUAUCAUCAUUGUCGUUGUGCCUCUUGGCCCUCCUCCUCCACCGGGCCACGGUGACAAGUGGGUGUUUCAGCUUGGAGAGGGAGGCACUGUUGGACUUCAAAGCCGGCAUCCACGACACCCAUAACCGGCUAUCUUCUUGGGUAGGACAAGACUGCUGCGCAUGGGCGGGGGUCAUCUGUCGCGCCACCACUGGCCACGUAGUCAAGCUGGACCUCCGGAACACGAAUACGCUUGAUGGGGCAUUACGCGGUGAGAGGAUGAACUCGUCAUUACUUGCUUUAUCUCAUCUGAGGCACUUGGAUCUUAGCUUCAAUGAUUUCAGUGGAAUCCGCAUACCGGAGUUCAUCGGCUCCUUCAAGAAACUGAGAUACCUCAAUCUAUCUUCUACAUAUUUCAUGGGAGGAAUACCUGCUCGGCUGGGGAACCUUUCGAGCCUCUACGUUCUUGAUCUAAGCGAUGCUUUAUUCGUCGAUGAUUAUGGCGACGGAUAUCCCGUCGACAACCUCGACUGGCUCUCCUAUCUCAGGUCCUUGAAGUACCUGAACUUGAGCGGGUUAAACCUAACCGAUGUCCCAGAUUGGUUCUCAUCCGUGAACAUGCUGCCAUCCCUCCAAGUGUUAAGAAUGUCUUCCGUUGGUCUCAACACCAUCCCAGCUUCUGUUGUGCACGUCAACUUCACCUCCUCUCUUACCGUCCUUGAUCUCUCCUAUAAUAAUUUCAACUCCACCUUACCCAAAUGGUUGUGGAAUAUUACUAGUCUUACCCAUCUUGAUCUCUAUAAUUCUGGAUUCCACGGCGUUAUUCCAUGGACCAAUCUGGUUGAGAAAGAUCAAACUUUUUGCAGAAUUUUGUCAAAUAACCGACUCAAUGGGCUUAUUCCAGCUUCUUUAUGUGAUGGACAAUCAAAAGGAUUGCUUGAGUUGAGAAUGGACAACAAUCCCGAUAUAUGUCUCUGUCAUAGUACAUGUCAAAUUGGCAGCGAAGGAAGGAAGCUUGCUACAGUCACCAUUGUGCUGAUCUCUGUCGUCCCAGCGCUGAUUAUACUGCUGCUCCUAUCAUUGCUUUUUUUCUUCUUGAGGAGAAGAAAAUCUACAACAAAAUUAUCACCGCCAAUUCAAGACGCGCUUGCUAUACCCGAAACCCAUAGAUUUACAUAUGAUGAAUUGAAGGCCAUCACCAACAAUUUUGAUCUUGUACUUGGAAAGGGGGGGUUUGGGAAUGUUUACCAUGGUCGAUUGCAUGAUGGCACUGAAGCUGCAGUAAAACUUUUGCACUCACAUCGGAUGGUCAAAGGGACAUCGUCUGAGGAGUCCAUGUCUGCAAAUUCUGGCUCCAGAUCACAUGGGCUGAAAGAGUUUCAAGCAGAGGCUCUUCUCUUAUCGAGGGUCCAUCACAGGAACUUAGUGUCUUUGAUCGGGUACUGUAGAGACAGCAAUCAACUUGGACUUGUUUAUGAAUAUGCUGCUCGUGGAAGUCUUAGAGAUCAUCUUUCAGAUAAAACUGGAAAUAGCCAAACAUUGAGUUGGAGAGAACGAAUUCGGAAAGCAGUGGAAGCCGCACAAGGUCUGGAGUAUCUACACAAGGGAUGUGUGCCACCUAUAAUCCAUAGAGAUGUGAAGACUAACAAUAUCCUCUUAACAUAUGACUUUGAGACAAAGGUAGCAGAUUUUGGGCUGUCAAAGUCUUUCCUGACCGAUGCCCAGACUCACGUAUCUACUGAUGUUGUGGCUGGCACUCCAGGAUACAUAGAUCCCGAGUACUCUGCUACCUUCCAGCUGACUGAAAAAAGUGAUGUAUACAGCUUCGGAGUUGUUCUUCUGGAACUGGUUACUGGUCAAUCAGCCGUGUUGGAUCAACCAAAAAGGUGUCACUUAGUCCAAUGGGUACUAUCGAGGCUAGCUGAAGCCGACAUCACUAAGGUGGCUGAUCAAAAACUCGGAGGGCAAUACAACAACUGCUCUGUCCUAAAGGUCAUUGAUUUAGCAAUGAGAUGUGUUGAUAUCUCUGCUCAUCAGAGGCCAACCAUGACCGAAGUGGUGAUGCGAUUGAAGGAGAACUUGCAACCAGAGAACAACGAUGGAAGUGACCCAAACGCAUAAGCUAUGCUUGCUCGCCUCUCAGAUUAGAGUUUCCGUUUGUCAAAUUUGUAAAUGGUUGAUCUCUCCUAUAAUAAUAUAUGACCCAAAAUAUUACUGUG